UUUACUCUUGCCAUCAUGUUCGCGUUGUUUCGCGGGGCUUGCAGGUCGAUGUCCACUGCGGCCUACCCAUUCUCGAAAACCGCCUUGGUUCUCCCCGACCCUGCAGAAGCCCCGUCUGCCGCACUCAAGUUAGGCAAAGGCCUGAUGCCAUACCUUUCCACUUCACUCCCGACACCCGAAAAACAACAAUUGCUACGCCAUUUCUUCUCGAGGCGGUCUCGUAGUCAGCUACAACCUGGCUCAAUCAUCACUGUCACCCUCGACCACGCGCCAACAACCUUCACUGGUGUUCUAUUGGCCAUCCGAAGACGAGGAGUCGACACAUCUUUUGUUGUUCGGAAUAUAGUCCAGAGAACAGGGGUGGAAAUGCAGUUCUUCGCCAACUCCCCACAUUUGAAGGAGAUCAAGGUCUUACAACGACCACCCAAGGGCCGGAUGAGGAGAGCAAAGCUGUACUAUCUGCGCGACGCGCCAGACAAGAUGAGUGCAUUGGCGGGGAAUAUCAAACUCCAGUGA